AUGGAUAUUGUAAACAAUAGUAUUUGGAAAUUCGAUAUCUUGUACGGUUUAGAAUCCAUUUGUAGUGUAUUUGAUAAUAUCUAUUUUCUAAGAAGUAUUGGUUUGAUUAGUGAUACAAAUUUAUUCUAUAGAUUACUUAAUAGAAGUGAGCUGGGCUCCAAAAUUUGGCUAAUCACAUUAGUAUUAAAUAUAAGAAAGGAUACUUUAGAAUUAUUGAAAUUAUUAAAAUUAAAGACCAAGAUUAGUGAUGAAUUAGAAUUCCAAUUGACUAAAUUAAAAAUGGAAAAAAUUGGAAAUUAUUCCAAAGAUGUCACAUUGAUAAUAAAGGAUAAAUUACAAAAUUCAUUAAAGAUUAUAAACAAUUCCAUUAAAGAUCGCAUAUUUGAUUUAAUUCAAAACUUGAUCUAUCUAUUAAUUUUAUUAAUUAAUAUUGGUGGUCAUUAUUAUAAAAGUUUACAACGAUUUAAACAUAUUUUAGAAAUAAUUUCUAAUAUGUUAAUUGUUUCGAGAGUCUUUUCAACUAAUUUUAAUUUAGCCAAUUUUUAA